GAGAAGAAGGAUGGGUACAAAGCCCGGUGGUUGCAUCCGCCAGAAAUUACUUUCGUCUUCGGCGGCGGCUCGGAGCGGCGAUCUUGGCGCGCGAGUGGUGCGCUUUUGCAAAGGGCGUCGAUGCUGCUGUUGCUGCCACAGUCGCAGCCUGUGCAUGGGACGCGGGGCUGCAGGUCCGCUCCGUAAGCCGUGCGCCCGAUCGCCCGGGGGAGCAGCUUUGCUCUCCCCGCCGUGGCCCGCCUGCUCGACAGCCACGAGCCGGGUUGCGUAGCGCCUCUUCUCCACCCUGGAACUUUUCCCUCGCGUCACGGCUUCCCCGCGCCUCUUUUGGAUGCUUUUUUCAGCCUCUCCUCUUGCCCAGCACCCCCCGCCGCCGGCGGCGCUUUCUCUUCCCCGAGCAACAGCCUCCGUUGCCCCCGCCGCCGGGCUUGCUCCGCCAGAGGCAGCGCCAUGCACACGGUGCAAAAGGACACCACCUUCACCAAGAUCUUCGUCGGGGGGCUGCCCUACCACACCACGGACUCGUCGCUGAGGAAGUACUUCGAGGUGUUUGGGGACAUCGAGGAAGCCGUGGUCAUCACGGACCGGCAGACGGGCAAAUCCCGAGGAUAUGGCUUUGUCACCAUGACUGACAGAGCAGCAGCUGAAAGAGCCUGUAAAGAUCCCAAUCCCAUCAUUGAUGGGCGGAAAGCAAAUGUCAACCUAGCGUAUCUGGGAGCAAAGCCAAGGAGUAUUCAAACUGGUUUUACCUUAGGGGCGCAGCAGUUACAUCCAGCUCUUAUUCAGAGACCCUAUGGGCUGGCCCAUCACUUUAUCUACCCUCAAGCAAUUGUUCAGCCCAGCAUGGUGAUCCCAACUCCUGUCCAGUCCAUCACUUCUCCUUACAUAGACUACACAACUGCAAGCCAGGCCUAUUCGCAGUUCACCACUGCUGCCUACGACCAGUAUCCCUAUGCUCCUUCUCCUGCUGCUGGCUUUGUGGGAUACGGGUACACGGGUGCCAUUCCUCAACAUGCCACGGCUGCCGGUCUACCAAUAGCAGCACCCACAACUUUUGUGCAGUAUCCACCGACACAGCUGCAACCAGACCGUAUGCAAUAGAAACCCAUCUUCAGAAAGACCUUUCUAGCUAUGAAGGAAUGCAAAGACAUGGAUGCCGAAAAAACAAAGGAAAACAAUAAUAUUUUUUUUUUAAAAUCAAGCUUUUGUAAAAAAGAAAAAUUGAUCAUAUUAGGAAGGAUGCAUAUCAAUACCUAAGCUAUUUAUAGUGUUACAGACUUUUUAAAACAUCCUUGCCAAAAAAAAGACUUAUACUUACAAUGAACGUUAGAAAGCUCUUUUUUCCAUCUUUCCCUCUCUUUCUUUUUAUCAAGACAGAUAUUAUUGCAAAGAUAGACUAAAAUGAUCCCCCUGUGCUUAAAGUGAAAACUUGCAAACUCUUGAACACUUCCUAGCAGUUUACUUCAUCACCAGCCAUUUUCUGCUUUAUUACUUAAGUUGCUAUGCGCCAUCAGACUGUUGCCAUCUGUUAUUUAGCCUUUUGCAAAACGUAUUUGGAGAAUACAUAGAUGGGGGGGGAGAGGAGAGAGCAAGUUUUGGGGGUCAAGGGAUGGGAGGAUCCUUCUAUUGAAAACUUUGUAAUAAUCAAAUGCCUUACAGGAAAAAAAGGGCCUAUUUUAAUAUUUAUUGUGAUCUCUCUUUAUUCACAGGAGCUGUGAAUUGCAGGUGAAAACUAUAGUAAUAUCUGCCUUGUCUAAUAUUCACACCUAAAUUAUUGUAUGUUGGGGAGUUCUAAAUUGCUUUCAACAUGCAAAAGUAAUAUUGGCUUUAAGGACGGUGCAAUAUUCAAGUCGAUGCACUGCAUUUUUUCUUAUUGUAAUUGUUACUCUUUUAAGAUUAUCUCAAAGUUUUAGGUAUAUUUUUAAAAGCAAGAAAAAAUAUUGAGCAUAUUGUCUACUUUAAUAGAUCUUUUGUUUAUGAUACUGCAGGUCUAGAGAAAUUUUACAGUAUUUAUAUAAAAGCUAAGCGGGGUCUUAGACCAGCACUGUUUAGGAGAGCGUCAGGAAUAAAUAAGAGCUCUAUCAUGGUGUUACACACUUGAACAAGAAGAGUUGAAAAAGUUACAUUUUGACACCCAGUGGUACAAAGUGCUGAUUAGGUAAAAGGCAGUGUAGGAAGUGCAUUUUUACAAGGAAGAGCAAUAAACUAUUUUGAAUUUUAAGACA